AUGUCGUGGCAACCAUCCCAGGACUCUGUGAGGCAGCUCGCCGCGUGCCUCAGAGAUUCCUUAAGUGGCUUUGACAAGAAUGCUCAGAAGAAUGCUGAAGUGAUGCUUCAACAAGCAAAAAGCUCUCCCGACAUUAACAAUUAUCUCGCCUAUUUGUUCUCGAGCACCCAACCCCCAGAAGGUUUACAAUGCAGCGACUCUGACUACCACCUCGUGCGAUCGGCUGCCGGAAUCAUGCUGAAAAACAAUGUCAAGUCUGAGUGGAAGAACAUACCAGAGGAGAGCUUAAACUUCGUCAAGAUGGCUGUCCCAAUGGGCCUGCAAGAUAAAAACGCUCAGAUUCGCAAUUAUGCUGGAAAUAUUGCGACUGAGGUCAUUCGCAGAGGUGGUCUUCUCACCUGGCCCGACUUGCUUCCCCAGCUCAUGGACCUGAUUGGAAACACAAGCGGCCAAGUAGCAAAUGAAGGGCAAGAGGGAGCAAUGUCGGCCAUGGCCAAGAUAUGCGAAGACAACCCCCGUGUAUUCUUGAGAGAGGUCAACGGACAGCGCCCAUUGAACUUUGUACUCCCUCAACUCAUUGCUGCUACCAAGAGCCCGCUACCCAAGGUCCGCGCUGGGGCGUUGGCGGCCAUCAACGUCUUCACUCCCCGAGCCUCUCAAGCUAUGCUAAACUCUAUUGAUGAGCUCUUACAACACCUCUUCGUCCUCUCCAGUGACACCAGCCCAGACGUGAGGCGACAGGUUUGCCGCGCAUUUGUUCAUCUCGUGGAAAGGCGACCAGACAAGUUGCAGCCACAUAUCACGGGCCUGGUAGAUUACAUCAUUUCACAACAAAAGGGCGACGAUGAGGAACUUGCUUGCGAAGCUGCCGAGUUUUGGUUGGCGGUAGGAGAACAUGACGAUUUGUGGCAAAGCCUGCAGCCGUAUCUGGGCAAGAUUAUUCCUGUUUUACUGGAAUGCAUGGUUUACAGUGGUGAAGAUAUUGCCCUCCUGGGUGGUGAAUCCGACGAUGACGACGAAGAAGACAAGGAGCAAGACAUUAAGCCAGCAUUCGCGAAAAAGAACUUGAACAGGAAUACCAAUGCAAACGGCGACUCAGCCAACCAGCAGAACGAAGCGGCCAACGCUCAGGAGAAGCUCGCUGGCAUGGACGACGAUCUGGAGGAAGGUGAAAUCGACGAGCUCGAUGACGGAGAUGAGAAUCCUGACGAACGGUGGACGCUUCGCAAAUGCUCAGCCGCUGCAUUGGACACAUUUGCCAAGGACUUCCGGAACCCCGUUUUCGAGGCUAUUUUCCCUUACCUAUCCCAAAACUUGAAACACGACGAGUGGCCGCAUCGCGAGGCCGCCGUGUUGGCUUUGGGAGCAGUGGCAGAAGGCUGUAUGGACGUUGUCGUACCCCAUCUCCCGGAGCUGGUACCGUACCUCAUCUCACUCUUGGAAGACCCUGAGCCAGUUGUCCGACAAAUUACUUGUUGGACACUUGGGCGAUAUUCGGAGUGGGCAGCCGAAUUACCGGAUCAGAGCCAAAAGGAGCAAUACUUUGUGCCUCUCAUGGAUGGCAUCCUUCGAAAGAUGCUUGACAAGAACAAGAAAGUCCAAGCCGCCGGAGCGUCCGCGUUUGCCAACAUCGAAUUCAAAGCCGGUUCCCACCUUGAGCCUUACUGUGGCCCUAUUAUUCAACAGUUCGUUCGUUGUUUUGCCAAGUACAAGGACAAGAACAUGUACGUUCUCUACGAAUGUGUCCAAACGCUGGCCGAGCGCAUUGGGUCUUUACUCUCCACACCAGAACUCAUGAACCAGCUGAUGCCAGCACUCACCGAGAGAUACAAUAUCGUCGCAGAUCAGUCAAGAGAAGUUUUCCCGCUGCUAGAAUGUCUCUCCUAUGUAGCAUUGGCUCUUGGACCCGACUUUGCGCCCUAUGCGCCCCCUAUCUUCGUCCGGUGCAUCAACAUCAUCCACAUGAAUUUGGAACAGAGCUUAGCCGCCGCAAGCAACGGCGGUAUUGAUACACCAGACAAGGACUUCUUAGUAACGAGUCUGGAUCUCCUGAGCGCAAUCAUCCAAUCACUGGGAGAGGAAAAGUCGACAGAGCUCGUCAAAACAUCUCCCCAGCCGUUCUUCGAGCUGCUUACCUUUUGUAUGGAAGACCCAGCCGAUGAGGUACGACAAUCUGCAUACGCUCUAUUGGGCGACUGCGCAGAUUAUGUAUACCCAUUAAUGCAGCCACAUCUGAACUCAAUCAUGCCCAUUGCUAUCAAGCAGCUGGAUUUGGACUCCAUGUUGGACGAUGAAGUCGGCGAUGGCUUCGGGGCAUACAACAACACGUGUUGGUCCCUAGGCGAGAUUACCAUGCGACAUGGCAAAGGCAUGGCACAGUGGGCUCCUGCUCUUCUCAAGCAUCUGGUCGAGAUCAUGUGUAACGCACGUGUGCCCAAAAGCCUUGCUGAGAAUGCUGCCAUUGCUCUUGGCCGGCUGGGAAUAGAGAACUCUGAGAUCCUUGGCCCUGCUCUGCCAACAUUCGCGGAAGAUUUCCUGGGCUUGAUGAAGAAGAUCGAUCCUACCGAUGAAAAAGCUUCGGCAUUCAAAGGCUUUUCCAUGAUUGUCGGCCAAAAUCCACAGGCAAUGGAAAAGGUAUUGCUAGAUUACUUUGUGGCAGUCGCUCAGUAUGAGGAUUCGGAAUUGCAGAACCCGUUGAAGCAGGAACUUCACGACGUCAUUCAGCAUGUCCUCAACCAAUACAAGCAAAUGAUGCCGCAAUUCAAUGACUUCCUCAGCCAGAUGCGCCCUCACGACAGGCAAACUCUUACGAAUAAUUAUUCUGUUUGA